AUGCCAUAAGAAUUAUUAGGAAAUAAUUCUCAGUCAAUUAAAAAACGAGUUCAGGAAAGAAGUGUAAGUGAUGCUCUACAUAGAGUUAGAGAAUGGAGAAGAAUAUAUGAAUAAGGUAAGGGAAAAUUGAAUACAAACUAACCAAGAAUUAGCCUUUAAGAAGCAGCAAAUCUUGUUAAAAUUCCAAAAAAAACUUUAGAAGACUAUACAUAUAUAUUUAAUAAGGUUAGUUCGAUAUGUAGAAUUGAAGAUUUUUCUAAUAAGAGGAUGAGAUUUUUGAGAGGAUUAAUAGAAAAAAAUAAAGCUUAAAUUAAAGCAGCAGUAAAAUUAGAAAAGAAAAGAAAAAAAAAUGUAUUGAAGUUAAAAAAGAAGAUUCAUUUGAAAAUAAAAUAAAGCUUGAAUUUGAAAAUGAAUCUGACUUCUAUAAUAGAAAAAACUAGGAUUUAAAAAUAGAUCUAAAUUAGGAAGCUAAGUAGGAAAUUAAAGAAGAGGAAUAAGAAUAUUGUUUCCAAAAUUAAUCUUCAACUUAGACCAAAUUUUGAAUACUCAUUAUUCAUUCUUUAUGUAUUUUAUAAUAUCAGUACUUAUAUAUUAAAUAUCAUCUUAAAUGAAUAAAAAUAUAUAUAUAAAUAAAUUUGA